AAGGGAUCACUGUUUUCUAGAUUUUAAUAUUGCAAGUGCAAUUGAUAGCUAGACUGUGUUACUAUUUAUUCAAAUAUUCAAAACAACUUUCACUUUCGGUUUUAAACUAACAAUGGACGAAAUACUGUCACGCGUGUUGAAUGAUAUUGGGUUUGUAAAACCACUAAAAGAUUGCCAGAAAGAGUGUUUGACGCAUGUUUUGUGUAAACGUGAUGUACUGGCUAUUUUGCCUACAGGGUAUGGGAAAAGUUUAAUUUUUCAAGUGGCACCAUUUGCGUUAAAAGUCAAGUAUAAUCUGGUUUCUUCAGUAUGCAUAAUUUUGACACCCUUGAACAGCAUCAUGAUGGACCAGAUUAAUUCAUUGAAAAAACAAGGAAUAGAUGCAUGCUGGUUAGAUUUUGAUUGUCAAAGUGGCCAGGCCCUAGCCGACGAUAUUUCUGAUGAUGAGGAGGACACAGUUCCACAGGGUCAAGGUGUUGUUAUUAAUGUGCCUUUAGAGGACAUCAUUACAGGAAAAUUCACUUUGGUAUAUGCUCACCCAGAGGCGCUUCUCAGCACCGGUAAAGGGACAUACUUAUUAAGUGCAAUGGAACGAAAGAGCAUUAUUUCAUGCAUAGCUAUUGAUGAAGCACACAUGAUACUUGAAUGGGGGAAUGAUUUUCGUAAAGAUUUCAGCAAGAUUGGUUCAGAUAUCCUGGCAAGGUUUACAGACAUUCCUGUUAUGGUUUUCACUGCUACGGCUUCCCCUGAUGCCCAGACAAAAAUCUGCAAGAGUCUUCAACUAAAGAAUCCUAAAAUAGUGUCUAUGAACCCUGACAGAACAAACAUAAAAUACACAAAGAUAGAAAGACCUCCAUCCUCAAACACUCAGGAUCAUUUAGAUGAGAUCCUUGAACCUAUGGUAAACCAGCUGUUAGAAGAGAAAGACAAUUAUCCACUAACUAUAUUUUACACUGACACCAAUGUUAUCAGUUAUGCAUAUGCAUAUUUUGAAAAAAAAAUGGGAAAAUUCCAGUACUUGGCAGAAAACAUCCCAGAAAAUAGACUUUUUGCUCAAUACCAUACAAACUACACUGAAAAGAUGAAAAAAUUCAUUGUUCAAGAAUUAGGAAAAGAAAAACCAAAGAUGAGAGUUGUUUUCGCUACUGUGGCAUUAGGCAUGGGACUUAAUGCACCACACAUAAGGGUUGUUAUCCACUACAAGCCUCCUACAUCAAUAGAAAAAUACUUCCAAGAAACUGGAAGGGCUGGUAGAGAUGGCCUCCCUAGUAAAGCCAUUCUGUACUAUAACAAUACAGACAUUCGUAAAAAUAGACCAGGAAUUCAACAAAAUAUCAUAGAGUACUGUAAAAAUGACUCAAAUUGUUUAAGAGAAGUUAUGCUGAAAACAUUUGCAGUCAAAAAGAGUGAAAAUAUUGAAGAUUGUUGCUGCAUUUGUGAUAAGGAUAAGUGAUUGUGAAUAAUUACCUCAAGU